AUGGUCUCAACCCGCUCCGCCUCCCGCGCCCUCUCCCAGGGCCCAACCACCCCUUCCCCUCCCCCUCCAUCCCGACCAACAACGCGCGCCGCCGCCGCCCUCCCGCCCAAAGACAACACCUCCACCGCCGCCGGCUGGUGCCACGCCCCGACGCCCAUAACCCUCUUCUGGCUGCUCGUCUCGCUGCCGCUGGUCGCCUGGGACACGGGUUACGUGCUGCUGCGGCCGUGGACGAUGCCCGGCGGCCACCUCCACUGGCCGCUGUACGUGCCGUACGCGCUCUACGGCACCGUCGACCACAUCUACGGCUGGAAGGCCUUCAACGCGCGCAACGGCUUCACGUCCGCGCAGGGCACGCUCAACCUCGUCGAGAGCGUCAUGUACCUCGUCUACGUGUGGAUCUACUUCGCGCGCGGGCGGGCGGUGCAGGGCCCCGCGGGGAUCAAGAAGGUCGUCGGCGGGAGGGCGGGCGCGCUGGGGGUUGUUGUCGGUUUCAGCGCGGCGGUGAUGACGCUGAGCAAGACUGUGCUGUACUGGGCGAACGAGUACUUCUCCGGCUUCGAUAACAUCGGCCACAACCCGCCCAUGGACCUCCUUUUCCUCUGGAUCAUCCCCAACGGCGCAUGGCUCCUCGGGUCGGGAUACAUGAUCGUCUCCCUCGGCGGCGAGAUCGUCGACGGACUGGCCCUCGCCUCGAAGAUAACCAAGACGGAAUAG